AUGGACGUCUCUGGCUUCCCAGAGGCGCUGCUCGACGAAGAGCUCGCGCAGACAUUUGCGUACGAGCUCGACACUUUCCAGAAGCAGUCGAUCGUGCGGAUCCACCGCCGCCAGAACAUUUUGGUUUGCGCGCACACCGGCUCCGGAAAGACAACUGUCGCAGAAUACGCCGUGAACUAUUACAAGCAGCGCGGGCAGCGCGUGAUCUACACUUCACCGUUGAAGGCGCUAAGCAACCAGAAGUUCCGCGAGUUUCAGGCGCUCUACGGCGACAUCGGAAUCAUCACGGGCGAAGUCGUCAAGAACCGCGCCGCGCAGUGCAUCAUCAUGACCACCGAGAUUCUGCGCAAUCUGCUGUACAAAGGCGACGAGUGCUUGAGCCAGGUCGGUUGCAUCAUUUUCGACGAGGUGCACUAUAUCAGCAACUACGAGCGCGGGUUCGUCUGGGAAGAGAGUAUCAUUCUUGCGCCGGCGCACUGCUCGCUGGUGCUGCUCUCGGCGACCGUGGACAACCGCGUGGACUUCGCGAACUGGGUCGGCUGCGUGAAGCAGCGCGAGGUCUUCGUAAUAGGCACGGAGACGCGUGCGGUGCCGUUGCAACACUACUUGUUUUACAACAACAAAGAGUAUCUGCUGCAGAACGAGCGCGAGGAGUUCACUCUAGACGCAUACCGGCAGAUCGCGGCGGAGCAGCGUCGCGCGCAAGAAGAGAAGGAGCUGAAGGGCAAGACGAAGACCAACUUUAAGAAGUCACUGAGUGUCAGUUACGCCAAGACCGAGAAGCUGGUGGUGCAGCAGUUCGUGAACUUCCUCGACAAGUCGGACCGGCUGCCGGCAGUGAUCUUCUGCUUUAGCCGGCGCAAGGUCGAGAAUUUGGCGAAAGACGUGCGCGGGCCGCUGUCCUACCCGCGCGAGAGCAAGGCGAAGGCGCUGCAGCUGUUCAACCAACUGGUGCAAACGCUUUCGCCGGAGGACCAGGCGUUGCCACAGGUCACGCUGCUGCGCGUGACGCUCGAGCAGGGCGUCGCGCUGCACCACAGCGGGAUGAUUCCGAUCUUGAAGGACUGCGUGGAGCUCCUAAUCAUCAAGAAGCUGAUUUUGGUGGUGUUCGCGACGGAGACCUUUGCAGUGGGCAUAAACAUGCCAGUGCGCGCGGUCGCGCUGAACGGGCUGCAGAAGCCCUCGAACGACUCUAUGGGUCUAUUGAAGCCGAACGAGUACUUGCAGAUCGCAGGUCGUGCAGGCCGGCGCGGAAUCGACACGAGGGGCUUCGUGUAUAUUCUCUGCGUGGAUCGGCAGCCGAUCGACUCGAAUCAGGUGGCCGCAGUGCUAGCGAAACAGAAAAACAGACUGGGCUCGAUGUUCCGUAUCACGCUGAACAUGGUAUUGCAAAUCCAGCGAACAGCAGAGUGA